GACAAGACAAAUCCAUUUUUUCUCUCCGGUCAACGUCGUUGUAAAAUUAAAAUCCCUAACCCUCUCUCUCUUCAUCUCUUUCCCGGCGGCGAUGCCGAAGAACGACUUCCUCACGCCGAAGGCGAUCGCCAACCGAAUCAAGGCGAAAGGCCUGCAGAAGCUCCGAUGGUACUGCCAGAUGUGCCAGAAGCAGUGCAGGGACGAGAACGGGUUCAAGUGCCACUGCAUGAGCGAGAGCCACCAGCGGCAGAUGCAGAUCUUCGGCCAGAACCCUCACCGCGUCGUCGAGGGAUACUCCGAGGAGUUCGAGAACGGAUUCCUCGACCUCAUGAGGCGGAGCCACCGCUUCUCCCGCAUCGCCGCCACCGUCGUCUACAACGAGUACAUCCACGACCGGCACCACGUCCACAUGAAUUCCACCGAGUGGGCUACGCUGACGGAGUUCGUCAAGUAUUUGGGGCGCACGGGGAAGUGCAAGGUGGACGAGACCCCCAAGGGUUGGUUUAUCACGUAUAUCGAUCGGGAUUCGGAGACCAUGUUUAAGGAGAAGAUGAAGAACAAGAGAGUUAGGGCUGAUAUGGUGGACGAGGAGAGGCAGGAGAGGGAGAUUCAGAAGCAAAUUGAGAAGGCGGAGCAGUUGCUGACUGGUAAAGUAAGGGAUGGAGAGGCUAAUGAUGUUGAAUCGGGUGAAUUAGAGCCUCCAGCUAAGGAAUUGAAGCUUGAUGCUGAUGGGGUCAAGAUUGGAUUUCAAUUGGGUUCGAAGGGGAACAAUGGCGGGAAGGAUAAGGGUGAGAGUUCGAGCUCAAGAUUGGUUUUUGAGGAAGUUGAGGAGGAAAGAGAGGGGAAGAAAUCGAAAAGUAAUGGAAGCAACGGCAAUGUGGGCAGAGGUGGGAAAUCUGCGUUAGAGGAACUGAUGAGGGAGGAAGAGAAAGUGAAGGAGAAGAAGAACAGGAAGGACUACUGGCUAUAUGAAGGGAUCAUUGUGAAGGUUAUGAGUAAGUCGUUGGCAGAGAAAGGGUAUUAUAAACAGAAAGGAGUUGUAAGGAAGGUGAUUGAUAACUAUGUUGGGGAAAUUGAAAUGCUGGAGAGCAAGCAUCGGCUGAGGAUUGAUCAGGUUGAACUCGAGACUGUGAUUCCACAGGUUGGAGGUCUUGUGAAGAUAGUGAAUGGAGCGUAUAGAGGGUCCAAUGCGAGGCUGCUGGGAGUGGAUACAGACAACUUUUGCGCCAAGGUGCAGAUAGAGAAGGGGAUUUAUGAUGGCAGAGUGCUUAAAGCUGUAGAAUACGAGGAUAUAUGCAAACUUGCGUGAUGAGUAUGUUAGAACUCUCACUUAACCUAUUUAUUCAUCUUAAUCCAUUGCUGUUUAGAAAUGCAUGAUGUUCUGUGUUCAUCUUUCUUCAUUCUGUGAAGUUAUUUGAUGAAUGAAUCAGAAACUGGUGAAAGAGUUAACUUUAGGAGCAGUUUGUCCUGGUUUUGUUUACAGAUUGUUUUUGUUGCUUUGUGAAUAGCUUAGAAGGUUUGGAUAGCUUGUGUUACGUGGUCUCGUAUGUUGUUCAUAUUGGUUUCCCUGGGUUAUUCUUUUGAGUUUGAUGGAUCCAGUUCCCUUUCCUGUGAGAAUGAUCUGUUCUAUGUAGGAUACUUAUUUGCAGCAUCCUUCUGUUGCUUUUGUUUAUGUAACAUUUUUCUUGUAGUCGCUUCUGUAGCUUUCUUGGCUGUCAUGUAUUCAGAAAUUCUUGUGUUCAUAUUCAAAUUCGUGCUCUCUCUGGUCAAGAUAUUAUAGGCAGUUGUGUGAUCAGCCAUUUCCAUUAUAUUUUAUGACAGGGGGUUUUCUGUCGAUUGAAUCCAAACUGGACUUAGCUGAACCUUACGCACUGAUUUGUGAUGGAUCUCAAGUUGGUUUUGGUUUUCUGUAAUGCUGCUGCUACUUGAGGGAGAUUUUUCUGAUCUGGAAUCUUGAACAAACUAGGGAGAUUUAGAAAGGAUGUUCAGUAUGUCACAUCAUCAAUCAUGGUGACUGGAAAAGUUUCAUCUUUCAAAUUUCACCCGCUUCAGAUAAUCAGAGAUCCAUCUGCUUCAGUCCAUUGAGUUGAUUUCCAUGGACCUGCGAGCGGUUCAAGCGCAUAUGUAAACCUUCUGUGGAUUGAGAAUGGACCUCCAACUCCGAAGGUCUUCUAGAUACUGUCCAUAGAGCUUUGCUGAUAGCCAUGCUUGAGAAAGCAAUUGCCAAUUGUGGUCGUUCUUGUGUGUCACAAAUUAGUGCUACACAUCAGAUGUUCAUGUUUGAAUUCUUGACUGACUUCUCUAUCAAUCAACAAGAGUUGGAGGCGAGGCAACAGCUCCUCCUGCUGGCAUCUAAUGGAUGAAGAUUGCUGAAUGCCUGAAUGAGCAAUCCCACAUCGUCACGAUGUGUAGACCUAUCAACGUGCUAAUAAAUGUGUACUUUUCCAACUCCGUGACACAGCAUAUGUAGCACAAUUUUUCUCGUAUUGAAUUAAAUCGAGUCGAGCACUCUGCUACAAUUCGAUCAACUGAUACUUGGUUUGAUUCGAGGCUUAUGCUUGAUGAAAAAAAUAAUAAUAACGAAAUUAUUGU